GUAGAACAAUCAAGUCUAAGAUACUCUGAAAAGAAUCAAAGAUAAAGGAUAUCGAAUCGUUGAUUGUUAGAUAUCACUGACUCAUAAGAAUUCCUACAAAUAAUGAAAAUCUUAGGAUAUACAGUUAGGAACUUCCCAAAACCACCGCGAAACUUAUCCCCUUAACAAUUCUAUCCACAAAGUCUCCACCCCCCCAUAAAAACAUUUACCUUUUACCAGUAUAUCAAAUCUCUUGUCUCAUGUUUUUGUUCAUCUCUUCAUCACAAGCCUUGGGAUUGAUCAUCACAAUUUUGUAGGUACUUAAUGGAAUAUUUUUCAAGUCAUUACUACCAUAAGGUUGCGCGGGUUUUGCUUCUCUUGUUAUUGUUCGUUUUGGUUUGUGAGAAUGGCGUUGAAGCAUCACAUAGGGUUUAUUAUGAAUAUCAGUCAUUGUCUAGUACUUCUUCCAGUGUAAAACAGCAGCACAGGACUGCAUAUCACUUUCAGCCUCCACAACAUUGGAUCAACGACCCAAAUGGACCUAUGUACUACAAUGGAGUUUAUCAUCUUUUCUACCAAUACAAUCCAAAAGGUUCAGUUUGGGGCAACAUCGUAUGGGCCCAUUCGGUGUCCACAGACUUAAUCAACUGGACUCCGUUGGACCCAGCAAUCUUCCCGUCCAAACCAUUUGACCAGUAUGGUUGUUGGUCCGGGUCCGCAACAGUUCUCCCCGGAAACAAGCCCACAAUCUUGUACACCGGAAUCAUUGACGCCAACAACACCCAAGUCCAGAAUUAUGCCGUUCCCGCCAACCUCUCCGACCCGUAUCUCCGAGAAUGGGUAAAACCCGACGACAACCCGUUAAUUGUCCCUCAAAUCGGCAUCAACAAGACCGCAUUUCGUGAUCCGACAACUGCUUGGAAAGGCAAAGAUGGUCACUGGAGAAUCUUGGUCGGCGGAAGGAGGAAGCACAGAGGGAUUGCAUUUUUGUACAGGAGCCGAGACUUUAAGAAAUGGGUCAAAGCAAAGCAUCCAUUACACACAAAAGCCGAAACUGGAAACUGGGAAUGCCCGGAUUUCUUCCCUGUUCCGAAGAUUGGGUUGAAGGGUUUGGACACAUCUGUAAUGGGAACAAAUGUGAAACACGUGUUGAAGGUUAGUCUUGAUGUUACAAGAUACGAAUACUACACGAUUGGUACUUAUGACACAAAGAAGGAUAGGUAUGUUCCAGAUAAGACCCUUGUUGAUGGAUGGAAAGGGCUGAGAUACGAUUAUGGAAACUUCUAUGCUUCAAAAACAUUCUUCGACCCGAACAAGAACAGACGGAUUUUGUGGGGUUGGGCUAAUGAGUCUGAUCCUGUUCAGGAUGAUAUCGAUAAGGGAUGGGCUGGCAUUCAGUUGAUCCCGAGAACAAUUACCCUGGAUCCGAAUGGGAAACAAUUGAUUCAAUGGCCAGUUGAGGAAUUAGAAAGAUUAAGAGGUCAAAAUGUUUACAUGAUCAAUCAGGUGCUAAAUAAAGGGGACAGAGUUGAAGUUCCUGUAGGAACAGCAGCCCAGGCCGAUGUUGAAGUCACAUUUAACUUCCCGAGCUUGGAUUCAGCAGAGGAAUUUGAACCUAGCUGGAGAAAACUUGAUGCUCAAGACGUUUGUAGUGAAACAGGUUCAACUGUCGAAGGUGGACUUGGGCCUUUUGGCCUAUUGACUCUUGCAUCUGAAAAUCUGGAAGAGUAUACCCCUGUAUUUUUCAGAGUAUUCAAAGAUGGAAAGAAAUAUGUUGUUCUCAUGUGCUCUGAUGCGCGAAGAUCUUCUUUAAAGGAUGGAAUGUACAACCCUUCUUUUGCUGGAUUUGUGGAUGUUGAUCUGAGUGAUAAGAAACUUUCUCUUAGGAGUUUGGUUGAUCAUUCGGUUGUGGAGAGUUUUGGGGCUAAUGGAAAAACUUGCAUUACAUCGAGGGUAUAUCCAACCAUAGCAGUCGGAGAUAAUGCUCAUUUGUAUGUGUUUAACAAUGGCACCACAAGUGUCACCAUCGAGACUUUGGAUGCUUGGGAUAUGAAGAGACCUGAUAGAAUGAACAUUUAGAAAUUUUGUAUUGAGUUAUGGUGUUAGAUGGUAGAUUUUAUUCACUUUUCAUCUUAAAAAUAAGUUGUUUUGAAGUGAAGCUGAAACCACACACAUAUCACGUAGUUAUCGGACGUCAAAUGUGAUGUUAUGAACUUGAUCUUAUUAUUUUUUUGGUAUAAAGAAGAGACCGAGACCUAGAUUUUUGGCAUUCCAGUAUUACAGAUAUGACACAUCCACUAUAUCAUGUAAUAACCACAGUUUUUGAUUUUCUUAACAGAGCCAUAGCCUGAUCAUUAUUGUCCGAUGUUUGGGAAAAGGAAUGUGGGUGAAUAUAGUUUUCCCCAAGUUUGAUCCGUUGUAGAAAAAGACCUCGAUUUAUUUUUUUGUUUUGAAUUGUUUGAAUUAAUUAAACCUUAUUGUUGAUUUCUGGAAG